AUGGUCCAUGGUUUAGAACUCCACAGUUAUUGGGAUGACGCUCGCCGGUACUGCUAUCAAACUACACGCAAGCACGGAUGGUAUAUACUGGACGUCUAUGACACUGGUCCGACAUGGGGACCAGUCGAGACAAGCGCUGGGAUUACAGUUCGGUUUCCUCCCAUUGCGACUAGAUUCAUUAGGUACGCGAAGGGCAGAAGUGACAAGAACAAUGGAAUCCACUGGGCAAAAAUUCGUGUAUACGGUAAGGACCUGAAGCUGCUCAAUUUGAAUAGUGCCAAAGCCAUUCUCGGCCCCUUCGAGUGGGCCAAUCCCCAGCACGCAGGGGGCUUCAUUGAUGGAAUUACCGAACGCGAUAGUUGGGCGGGGGCGCCAACAAUUGGCACCAACUACACGGAUACUUGCGGCUCUCCCGACAAUGUCCCCUACAUCACCGUCGAUAUUGGGAAAGUUGCAAGGUUGGAUGCAAUCACGCUUUUCAAAUGGUGGAACGAUGUAGGGAACGCGACUGAAACAUAUCGCCGUUAUUGCAACCAGCGCUUGCAAUUGAGCAUAGAUGGCGAGAACUGGCAAACUGUGCUCAACACAGGUGCUAGCUGGUGGGCAUCUGAAAGCAGCGGUGGGAACACAGUACAAUUUCGUCCAGCUUUGGCCCGAUACGUGCGCCAUUACUUGGGCCGCAACACUGACAAUGAAUAUGUUCACUUCAUUGAGAUGAAAGCCUAUGGCGAAUACAGAAAUGAGCUGGACUUGUCACAGUCGACAGUCCAACUUGAGGCUGGAAAGACUUGGAGUUUACAGCACACUGGUGGCCUUUUUGAUGGGGAUAUCUCACAAUUUGCAUACAAGAAAUCUGUAGGAGCGGCAUCGGUGUCGUGCACCAAUCCAGCAUGGGUCACCGUGGAACUGCCUCACUUGGCUAUUCUUGAUAGUGUGACUUUGUUUCACUAUUAUCACGAUGGUCGAGCUUACUGCAAUCAGUGGGUGGAACUCUCGACUGAUGGGUCCACUUGGCAGAAGGUCUACUCAACAGGACAAGGCUAUGGGUUUUCAGAGACAGCCUUGGGUUACACCAUUCAGUUUGAACCCAUGGAUGCAAUGUUUGUAAGGCAUGGGUUGGGUGGCUCUGAUGCGUCAGUAGCAAAUGAUAAUCACUUUACAGAGAAAAAGAUGAAUGGCAGGUAUGUCAAGGAACUUCCGUUGGACUGGGCCAAUGUGGAGCUGUCCUCCAAUGUGCAAUGGCCAACAGGGAUCCUUCCACAGAGAGUCAUUGAUGGUCUCAACAGCUGUGACAAAUGGGCCGAACACGCGUGGAUUGACCGCACUCCCACAACACCAACAAACACAUGCGCUACAAACUUCCCACAAGAGAGUGACCUUCCCUAUCUCACUGUCGACCUUGGACGACCUGCCAUGCUUGAAGCUGUCAGGGUCUGGUUUUAUUAUUGCACGGCUGGGCGAAACAGUACGUGA